UUGGAACAGAGCUCAUAUGAUCAUUACAAUGGCAGAGGAGCGAACACCGCUCAUCGGAGGCGGACAAAAUGUGCUUGGGCAGGCUUCCUGUGGAGGGCCAGCAUCACCUACAAGUCAAGGAACAGCUGAAGGGACUUUGGUGUCCCCAGUUGGUCCAGAUGAGUUACCUCCACCAUAUACCCCUUCAUCAUCUGGUGUGCCCAUGGUCACUUGUCGAGUAUGUCAGGCCAUGAUUGACAUCUCGGGCAAAGUCGAUCAACAUGUUGUCAAGUGCAACCAGUGCAAUGAAGCAACACCAAUCAAGAAUGCGCCACCAGGCAAGAAAUAUGUUCGCUGCCCAUGUAACUGCCUGUUGAUCUGUAAGAGCUCCUCACAGCGGAUAGCUUGCCCAAGACCAAAUUGCAAGAGGAUCAUUAAUUUGUCACCUUCUCCAGCCAAUCCUUCCUGGCCCAAUGUGCCAGGCAUGUGUCGUGUCACUUGUGCACACUGCCAUGAUACCUUCAUUUUCAACACACUUAACAAUGCUCUUGCCAGAUGUCCACACUGUAGGAAAGUGUCAUCAGUUGGUCCAGAAUUUGCCCGGUGCCGAGGAAUAGUUUAUGUAGUGCUUACAUUGAUUAUCUUGGGCGUUGGGAUUGCCCUAACUAUUACAACUGUUAAAUACACACCAACUUACCCUGGCAUCUAUGUAGCUUAUAUUGUGGCCUUCCUCAUCUCAUUAGCUUGCUUAUACCGAACGGUGUACUACUGCUCCAUGAAGAUCAGUCUCAUUGAAGGCCCAUUAUAAGCUAAAGUUCUAAAAGGAAUUACAAUUUCUUUGUUAGUCUGUCACCUUCUUCUUGUUACAAAUUUGUUUCAGAUUGUCAGUAGAAGAUGAAUGGAAUCCAUACAACUUAUUUGUAACUUCUCUUCAUACUUAUAAAACUAAUGAAGUGUUGGGAUGAAUUAGAAUUAAUCUUUGACUGACAAUUUGAUUUGUAAAAACAUAUGGUAAUCUUGAUCACUUUGUAAGUUUUGUAUUUAUCUUGAUGGUUGAUUUAAGUGAAAACCCAUUGAGGUAUUAUAUCUUUGAUAGUUUCGUAAAUUUACACAUCAUUGAAUCAUUCAGAUUACCUCUUUUUGUGGUUUUCAAGGUAUUUUUUGCCGUUCAUGUCAGACUUUAUUCUGUUAUUACAAUUUUAUAUUGUGUGUACAUGCCUUUAUACUGAAUUUUAUGAGUUUUAAGAAAUGUUUUCCAUGUGAUGAAUCAUGUAGGUAUCAUCAUAUAAGUAUUUCAAGUGGGGCCUCCGUGAAAGUUGGUAGAUUCAUUCUUCUUUCCUUUGCAAGGUAAGUGAUUAUUAUUUUUUUCACAAUUUAGAUGUAACAGACCAAUUAUAUUGAAUUGCCACAAAUAUUACUAUGUAUACUGUAUAAUGUAAAUUUUGUGAUCAGCAAAUUCUUUAUAUGGUACUGCAUACAGUAGGGGUAUACUAAAUUGCCUUUUAACUCACCAAUAUGCUCUAUUGAACAUUUUCACUGUAUUACCAUGAGCAAAAAUGAGUCACCACUAUCACUUUUCUUAUUUGCAUAAAUAGCCAAUGUUCACAUUAUAUUAUAAGUAUUAUAUAAUUAUCUUUUAUGUAUAUUAAGAAGAUAUUAAUUCGUACUGUUUAAAUGAACAAUGGUAAGUGUCAGGAUGCUCUUGGUGUCUUGAAGAAUUAUGUUAUUAAUAUUAGUAGGGUUUUGCAGUCAAUGUAGUCUAAUUUAAGUAUAGAAACCUGUGAUAAGCAAAUGAUCUUAGGAAUCUGUCCUUUAUGUACUGUAGUACUGAACUGUUACUCUCACAUAGUACUGAAUUCUUAAAUAUACUUGAGGAUUGCAGUUUGUCAGACUUCUAAAAUAAAUAAAUCUAAUUC